AUGGACAAUCUGCAUCCACCUCCUACUCUGGAAAAUACAGGGGUGUGGCAGAACCUCUCGCUGUGGACCGCCCACCAGGUUCAAUACGCCGUAAACAUCACCAAGCUCGCUCCUUCCUUCGAAGACCUGGUAUGGGCUGGCCCGAGGAUGGUGCGAAAGCUCACGGCCUAUCUUCCCAUUCCCGACUCCCUCGAGAGAGUCAUUCCAGAAGCAACGGGACCCGGCAUCCUACGUACUACCGACGCGGCCACGACCGCUGCCUUCGAUAUGAAUAUACCUCCUCCCAUAGGCCGCCUUCCUGGAACUGGUUCUGCUAUUCCGGCUGAUCCAGAUGCUGUCUUGGCGUCUCCAAAGUUCACCAUGGAGGGCGCAAGAGGGCUAGGUAGUGUCUUCAGCUAUGCAACGAGCAAGUGGGCGCUUUGCUGUAUUGCCAUGGCAAUCGUCCUCAACCGCACGCACAUCUUCGCAGCUACUCGCCGACGCUUGCGACUCACUCUGCCGAUUCGACUGGCCUUGCGUGGCCUGCCCGUUCUUCUAUUCUUGGUACAAGCGCGCGGCCUACUGCGGUCAAUCCAGUGCCAAACAUCUCCCGACUUUGCCGAAAUGCGCUGGGGAAAUACAACCGGCGGUCUCCUCCAUACCAUGAGUUCAGCACUGUUGUUGGGGGCUUCGGACGAAGCGUCCUGCACAGCUGUGGGCAUGAUUCCAACAAAUACCAAUGACGCGACGCAGGACAUGAGGGGAUCUCUGUCUCUGUUGUGGCCGCUAUUCGGAACGUUUUGCUUCAGUCAAUUCCUGGAGACCGUAUCGUGUGCUGUGCAGGGCCGACCCGUAGCAGCCGAGACGGGCAUGACGCUUUUCGAGCACUCCCUUGCCUUUGCCGAAGCGGAUGCUGCCAUUAGCAACCAACUUGGCUGGGGCUUGUUUACCCAAUCUCAAGUGGCAGAUGCUGCUUCGACGAGCGCCAGCAGCAUAGCCAUCAGCCGCUCCAUGAUCCUCAGAAGGGUCAACACCUCACCUGAGGUUCUGCUCGUUGCCUUUCUUUCAACCAUGAGCCACAUUACCAGCCAUUUGCUAGGCAUCUUCAACCUGCAAGCCAGAUUCCGACUCGUCAGCACCGGAUUCUGGGGCCUAUGCUUCAUGGCAAGCAUUCUUUGGAGUGCUUUCACGUUCUCCCUGGAUGAUCCUGCGAAGCAAGGCCUGCUGCGAUUUCCGACAGUCUGCAUCAUCGGCUUCAUCCCUCAUGUUCUUGUGCUAGGUGGCAUUCUGGUCUGUUUCUUCAUCUACCUACUCGCCCUCGGUCUGGCGGCCCUCACGCCAACAGAGGGUCAAUCAGGACAGAGGCUGAGCCUUCGCGAGCGGCUGGCGCAAGCCCACGCCAACAUGCAAGCCAACCUCUCUUUAUCCGACAUUCGGAUCACUAUGGAAAUGGACUUUUACACCGCUUUGCUUCGGACCGGCUUUGGGGCUAUUACUAUGGCAAGCGAAGCCGUCUACCUGAACGAAGACAGAGACGUCACAAUGAGACCGCACACGUGGCUUGAGGAAGAGAGGUACCGCGAGCUUGAAGAAUUACGAAACCAGUGGAUCGGAGCCGGCGCUCCUGACUCUCACUAUGAUACUAUUGGCACGAUUGGUCUAGUGCCGGUCAAGGACGACCACAUGUUGUCCAAGAAUGGAUACGCUCGCGAACGGGCGGCCCAAAAGGUGCCCAAAUCACGGUCUGGGGAGCGAAGAUUACGGGACGGCGUUGGCGCUGCGGAGCGGAGUGGCCGAUGGUUGAUGGCACUGGACUUCAUCAUGAACAUCAACAGACUGAUCUUCCGGACGUGGGCUACCACUAUGCUGAAAAUACUUUCCAAGAUUGGCUUACGGCACCCGAGGCUCCUCCUUUGGAUCGUUCGCCGACCCAAAGCUGCCACCGACUUGAGGAAGUCGAAUCCCAAGGAUAGUGCCGGCCGUUCUCAAGCACCUGCAGGUCUUACCGAGUCACCCAUGAACAUUCCACUGACCGACAGCGUUGAUGUCGAAUCCGAGUUCCGGCAGCAAGUAUGGAGGGGAAACCAGAACUGGGCUCCCACGGACGACGCCGACCUCGAUUCGAAGCUGUACGGCUGGUGGCUGAAGGGUGGAUGGUGGGGCUCGGCAGACAACAGCGGAGAGUACCAACCGGCGGCGGCAUAUGAUGAUGACGAUACGACGAGCGUCGUUUCUUUCAGCACGAACGGCGAUAGCGAUUGGGAAUCGGAAGACGCUGGGCAGAGAACGCCCACGCAGUCUAGGACAUGGGCUUCGCGCGAGCACACACCGGUCCCGGAUGAUUCAUUACAGCUGUCAGAUCUGGCACGCCUGCUACACCCUAGCAACCCCGAAGAGAGGGAAGAGGCGCAUGCGUUGGCCGCGCAUCUGAGUAGCGACAGAAUCGUGACACGAUCACAGUAUCUCAGGUCACGGCAGCUCCAGCGAACUCAGAUACUGCAGCCAAACGGGCAGUCAAAUCGUGUCAUGACGCGGCCGGUCAAGAUGACACCAGACGAGGAGGUUCAACGCUUGGAGCAGUUGCUGCUGUCCCGGCGCUCCCAGUUCUCGACUUCCGUGGAUCGCGGGACAUCGACAUGGGCAGAAGGGGCGGCUGGUCUAGGUCCGGACGGUCCGCAGUGUGUCGUCUGCCAGAGUUCCCCCCGGACCAUCAUAGUCUGGCCCUGCCGGUGCUUGAGUCUUUGCGACGACUGCCGAGUGUCACUUGCUAUGAACAACUUUGACAAAUGUGUGUGCUGUCGUCGGGAGGUCAUCAGCUUCAGCAGGAUCUACGUGCCCUAG